UUUUGCCGCAGUUGCUCCUGUCGCCGCCGUUCCCUCCGCCGACCCGGCUGCUGCCGGUGAGCACCGGUUCCGUCUGCGUUGCCUCAGGGAGGCCGCCCCGGCCCGGCGAGCCGAGCCAAUGCUGGAUCUGGAGGUGGUGCCAGAACGCUCUCUGGGGAACGAGCAAUGGGAAUUCACGCUGGGAAUGCCUCUAGCUCAGGCAGUGGCCAUUCUUCAGAAGCACUGUCGCAUCAUCAAAAAUGUCCAGGUUCUCUACAGUGAGCAGUCUCCUCUAAGCCAUGACCUCAUUCUUAACCUGACUCAGGAUGGGAUCAAACUACUGUUUGAUGCUUUCAAUCAGAGACUUAAGGUGAUUGAAGUAUAUGACUUGACUAAAGUAAAAUUAAAAUACUGUGGAGUGCAUUUUAACUCUCAGGCCAUAGCUCCCACCAUUGAGCAGAUUGACCAGUCUUUCGGCGCAACCCAUCCUGGAGUGUACAACUCCGCUGAGCAGCUCUUCCAUCUCAACUUCAGAGGACUGUCUUUCUCUUUUCAGUUAGACUCAUGGACUGAGGCUCCUAAGUACGAGCCCAAUUUUGCCCAUGGCCUAGCUUCUCUCCAGAUACCCCACGGAGCAACUGUGAAACGAAUGUAUAUCUACAGUGGAAACAGCCUACAGGAUACCAAGGCUCCAGUGAUGCCCCUGAGCUGUUUCCUGGGCAAUGUGUAUGCUGAGAGUGUAGAUGUUCUUCGAGAUGGAACUGGACCCUCAGGUUUACGACUUCGUCUGCUUGCUGCAGGUUGUGGACCUGGCUUAUUAGCAGAUGCCAAGAUGCGGGUAUUUGAACGUUCGGUGUAUUUUGGCGAUUCUUGCCAAGGUGUUCUUAGCAUGCUUGGCUCUCCACACAAGGUCUUCUAUAAAUCAGAAGACAAGAUGAAAAUUCAUUCUCCUUCCCCUCAUAAGCAAGUUCCAUCCAAGUGCAAUGACUACUUUUUUAACUACUUCACUCUUGGGGUGGACAUCCUCUUUGAUGCAAAUACACACAAAGUGAAGAAGUUUGUCCUACAUACCAAUUACCCUGGGCAUUAUAAUUUUAACAUUUAUCACCGCUGUGAGUUCAAGAUCCCACUGGCCAUAAAAAAAGAAAAUGCAGAUCGUCAGUUAGAAACAUGCACGACCUACAGCAAGUGGGACAACAUCCAGGAGCUCCUGGGCCACCCUGUGGAGAAACCCGUUGUCCUACACAGGUCAUCCUCCCCAAACAACACCAAUCCAUUUGGGUCCACGUUCUGCUUUGGGCUUCAGCGGAUGAUCUUUGAGCCUGCCAGCACCAGACGACACGGAGAAGCACAAACUCUGAGCCUUGAUACCUGGACCCAGGAGCUCUUGACUAACGUAAGAGGCAGGGUCCUGUCUCCUCUAUGGCAACCCUGUUCCCCACAUACUGGGGAAACUUGGGGUUCUUUCUGUGGUUGAGGACUCAGUCAUCCAGGACGAGGACAAGGAGUCCUGCCUUUGGCCUCACAUUGCCACAUGACCCUUACAUGUCCAUCUUACUCGGUUGUGACAUUUGCACUACAUCCACUUUAGUUACUGUGGCUAAGGUGGCCCACCUGCCUUUUCCAUUCCUUUCUUGCACGUGCUCCCUGCCAGGCCCAGUAGGUAGAUCCAACUGGUUGAAACACAGCUUUCUACCAUCCAGGUACAUGCCCAGGCCUGGUUUUUACCCCUCUUGGAGCCUUCAGGUUCACCUACCUGUGCCCCCAUUCUGUCCCAACCUGGCUGGGGGCUGCACAUUUCAUCCUGUUUGCCUUUUUUUAAUUUAAUGCCAAAGUUUUAGCCAAAGACAUCUUCCCUUUGUUGUGUUCCAGCAUUCUGCACUGUGGGCUGGCUCCCUGCCCCAUCCCUGGGCCCUGUCCCUUGGCCAGGCCCAUUCAUGGCUCAAGACCUCUGGUGGCUAAAGGAGGACUGGGCUGCUAAGGAGAGUAGCAUAUGUGCUUUAAAAAUAUUAAUCCUUUUGAAAAGAAUUGAGAAGAGAAAUGUAUAAUAUCCCAUUUUUAAUAUUUUGGCCUAGCAACUUGUGAUACAUAGAUGACAAUUUUGUGAGUUUUUCAAAUGUGUGUACAGACUUUUGUAAAUAUGACUCUUUUGUAAUUAACUCAUGUAUAGCCUCAUCAUGUAUAGUUUAAUGAUGAAUGCACAGGGGACCUGCCCCAGGCUCCUGUGUGUGUUUCCCAGGCAAACAGCCAGGCUUGUGUGGUGCUCCCGUGACUCUGUGACUGACUAGUGUCUUCCCAUGUGGACCAGGGCCUGGCCAGAGAACCCCACAUACAUAUCCCAUUGUCAGGGGCAGCUAGGACUGUUCCCCAUCAGCCUUCCUUAUCCCCUGCCCAAUCCCCACCCCCAAUAAAGCACCUAUGCCCUCAGCAACUGCCUAUAUGUGCUGUUGCUGAGAUGUUUGUACUAAAA